CUGGCGCACUUGUCCCUCGCGCGUCGCCGUCCGCGCAGCCCCGGUUCGGUCGGAGGAGGCCGCCGGCGCUGCGGUUCCGGUUCCGGCUGGCGUCGGCACCUGUGGCGAGGGCGGCGGCCAUGGCGUACUCCACCGUGCAGAGGGUGGCCCUGGCCUCGGGGCUCGUCCUGGCUGUGUCGCUGCUGCUGCCCAAGGCCUUCCUGUCCCGCGGAAAGCGGCAGGAGCCGCCGCCGGCGCCGGAAGGAAAGUUGGGUCGAUUUCCACCUAUGAUGCAUCAUCACCAGCCACCCUCAGAUGGCCAGACCCUUGGGGCUCGUUUCCAGAGGUCUCACCUCGCAGAGGCAUUUGCAAAGGCCAAAGGAUCAGGUGGAGGCACUGGAGGAGGAGGUAGUGGAAGAGGCCUGAUGGGACAGAUUAUUCCAAUCUAUGGUUUUGGGAUUUUUUUAUAUAUACUAUAUAUUCUAUUUAAGCUUUCAAAGGGGAAAACUCCUGCAGAGGAUCGGAAAUGCUCUACUGCCACAGCUGGAAACACCCACAGGAAAAUUACCAACUUUGAGCUUGUUCAACUGCAAGAAAAACUGAAGGAGACUGAGGAAGCCAUGGAAAAAUUAAUCAACAGAGUGGGACCUAAUGGUGAGAGCAGAGCACAGACUGUGACUUCUGACCAAGAAAAACGUUUGCUGCAUCAGCUCCGAGAAAUCACCAGGGUCAUGAAAGAAGGAAAAUUCACUGACAGACCCACUCCAGAGAAAGAAGCUGAGGAAGCCCCUUACAUGGAAGACUGGGAAGGUUACCCUGAAGAAACUUACCCAAUUUAUGACCUUUCAGAUUGCAUCAAGCGUAGGCAAGAAACCAUCUUAGUGGAUUACCCUGACCCCAAGGAACCGUCUGCUGAAGAAAUAGCUGAAAGAAUGGAAUUGCUAGAAGGUGAAGAAUCAGACCAUUUGGGGUGGGGAGUGCCUACUGAUCCCAGAGUCCAGGAAGAUAGUUCUGUUACCUCAUGUGACCCAAAGCCAGAAACAUGUUCCUGCUGUUUUCAUGAAGAGGAGGAUCCUGCGGUCUUGGCAGAGAAUGCUGGAUUCAGUGCAGACAAUUACACUGAACAAGAGGAAGCCACCAAAGAAGUAUGGCCCCAAGACUUCAGGGAUAAAGGGUUGGGCAUCAGCACUGAUAAAGCACAUACAGAUGGUACAUUGAGGAAGCGGAACCCCCAGGGUUUGGAGUUGAAAACAGCUGGUUUGGGGAAGUAUCCAUUACUCUAGUCCCAAGGUGACCUUUCUCUCCCUUCUCCGAUUUCAUCCUUGGCCCUGUGCCCUAUACUUCAUUCUGUGUUUAAAUAUCCUAGCUAAUCAGGCCACUACCAUGGAUAUCAUGUAUCCUUCCUGGUGCUCAGACACCUGUCACCUUGUAAAACACGGUAGCAAUUAGUAUGAACAUAAUACAGCUUCACUCUUUAUGCCUUUCUUCCACCAGAGAGUCGAUCCACUGAGUAAUUAUGUUUGAUCUAUUGUACACUCAGGGACAGGGGUCUAACUCCUCGUGCUAGGAGUAGCAGAUGGUUUACCUGUGAACGAACAUCAGUUUACAUGUGAUGAGGACUUAUGGUUGCAAAAGUGAAGAUUUCAGAGUCCAAGAUGUCUUAUUCUUGGGCCUUGAGCAGGUUAGUGGUCUCCUGGGUUCAAGAAGAGAACAUUUUUUGUGGGUAUGAUGGGGCCAGAGCAGGGUAGGACUCUGCUGUGUGAGCUGAAGCCCGUUUGCCACAGCAAGGGCCUUUUUAGGAGCACUGUUGCUGCCUCAGAUACCUGCUUUUCUUCAGAGUAGCAGAAGCCCCCAGUGAUUUGUGAAGGAGCCUGGAGACCUGUUGGGGGACUGUUUUGCUCCAGUAUUGCCUGGAUCUCUAGCUUCCUUUAUCCCUGUUGUGUUCACAGAAGUGCCAACCCAGAAGCACCUUUAUACCUCUGGCCCUCAGUGGCCAGAAGAAGGUUUAAAUAGAGACUUUUUAGGCCUUGCCCUCCAGAUCCAAGGUUUGAGGCUGUUAAGGCUACAAGAAAGCCGUGUGAGAAUGCUGGUCCUCCAUGAGAUGCUCAGGUGGCCAGAGAGCCAGGGAUAGGGAAAGAAUCCAUGUGCUUACAGCAGUCCUGGCCUGGAAGCUAUUCUAAAUGUGCCCUCUGCAACCACAUGAAUUGAAACAGAAGUGAGGACGACUGAGCUUGUAGACAAAGUGCCAGCCCCAAAGGGAAGUUGCAGCGUGUGUCUUUUGCAGAGAACCAAUAUAGCAGGGGCAUAUAGCCCCUAUAGCUAUAUAGGCCAGGGGAAGAGACUAUUUGUCCUCUAUUCAGGUAUCUGGGUCUUUUGAGAAGGGUCGGGAAAGUAGGAGGUAGGUUAUGACUGGAAGGAUUUUGACCAAACUAAAGACCUCAUCUCUAAGGUGCCAUCUGCCAUGUGUCUUCUGGAGAUAAAAUGGCACCCAGGUAUCCUGGCUAGUAAAGAUGAGUGAAUUCAGUUUACAUGUAAGACCGGAGUUUAAAAAAGACACAUUCCCAAGAACAUUCCCAAUCAUAAAAUGCAGAAGACGUGAAAAUUAAAUUAUGUGAGGGUAGAUAGAGCUUUUGGAGUUCCAUUGUUCCUAGUUGUCUAAGAUGCCAGGAAAAUAGUUAAAAUCACACAUCUAAGCCUAUAGACUGUCAAAAGGUAUAGGAUCAUAUUAAUAUGUCAGCUACCACUAGGCAUUUCUUGUUGAUGAAAUUAACAUUUUUGUUAGAGAAGUCAUUGAAGACUGAGUCUGUAGGAAGUAUAUUGCAUCUAUCUCUGUGUAGAAUAUUUGAUUCACUUUAAAGAAUGUAGUUUAAAAUGUACUAUAAAUGAUCUAGAUGUAAUGCUUAAGGUAAAAAAUAAUGUAGGUGCUCUGAACUGUUUUGAUAAAUUGUUUUCCAUUAUUUCCUUUUAUUCACUGUGAGGGGUUGAUUUAUGAGGAGUCCUGGGUCCCUGGUUCUAAUUUCUUUUUUGCCUUAGCAUAUAUGUUUCCAUUAUUAAGAUGUGUUUGUUUCUAGCUUGUUCAUUCAUGUGUUCAUUUAGACACUGCCCAGGGGUAGGCAGUGGGAGCAGGAGCUCAAUUCCUAACUUUGAGAAACAAAAUUUGGGAGCCUUGUCUUAUUUAUUAUUUUCAGUGAACUAUUAACUAUAAAAGGGCUCAAGAUGGUGAAUUCUGCAAGCAGAGAAAUGUCGGUCAUGAUUCCAUCCAUGCCUAUUCUGUCCAUAGAGUCUUGUUGGGUCCUUAACCCUUCUGAGUCUUAGUUUUCUCCUAUCUAGUGCAGGGGAGUACAAGUCCAGGUCUCAUAGGGUAGUUAGGAGGAUUAAACGUGAACUCCUCAGUGCAUAUAAAACAGCAUUAGCCCUCCUAUCUCAUACAUAACCACUCAAUAAGUGGUAGAUAAUUUACUUUUCUUGUACAAGGCUUUAUGCUCUAAUUGAGACAUGGACCCAAAUCUAUAGAAACAUAAAGAUCAUUUUGGCCAAAGUACUUCCAAGACACUUGACAGGCGAGUUGGAUCUUGAGGCGUGCUGGGAACUUCAGGUGGCCAAGGAAGAGAACAUUCUUGGCAGAAAGGGCAGUGUUAGACAAAACUGGUGUGAAAAGUGUGUGGAUGUUCAGGUAUUUUUGAGGAUGGUAUGUAAGGUGUUGCCUAACCAACUCUUUAAUUUUGAAUGUUAAUCUUUGGGGGAAAUGGCUUAUGGGAAUAGUUCCUGCCGGAAGUACUAAGAGCUCAUGAUGGUUCUUGCUGCCCUAGCUCUUGGUUGGCUUAAACAGCAAUAAUAAAUAUUAACAUAUUUAUAUUUUAGAAAUUUUGAUUAUUCACCAGUUGUGUAGUCUUUUGGAUUUUCCAGAAUUAUUUUAUCCUUCAGGGAUGACAAUUAUGUGUACAUACAACUCAGGAUGACCAAAUCCUAGCACUGGUUUUCAUUGUCAUGCCUGCUCUCGCUCUCACCAUUGUCUUCAUUUUUCAGAACUGGUCUGGGCUGUGAACUUGGAUGAGCCCCCAGGUACUAGUUUUCAGUGACCUUUGAGCACUGUGGCAGAGCAUGGAGGACAGACAGUUGGCCUAGGAAGCCACUGCGUCACCUGGGACCAUGCUUGGUUAAAUCAGGUGGGUGAUCCAGCCAGGUGAUGCUCUUUCCUGUCCAAUAAGAGCAAAAGAAAGCACCUUGCUAGCUCUAGGACUGGCAGUAUACACACUCCAGAAACUACACCCAGGAAGGAAGGUGUGUUGAAGAAUGGAGGCAUAGUUGACCUUUAGAAGAGAUGGCCUAGAAGAACCACACUCUCUGUACCUUCUAGGACUUGGGUGAUCAAUGACUCAUGGUACAAACUAAGACACUUUGGGGAAAGGGGACUUUAAUUAUAAUUAUGCCAGCACAAUAGGUGUAAACCAGGACCAUCCUGGAUGUAUUUAAAAGACUUGUUUUUAACCUAACCACUAAACAACAAAAACCUCUUCCCUUUUUAGUAAGAACCUGUACUGUUGUUUUCCACAGAGGCAGAGCCAAGGAGAUAUAGGCCAUGAUUGAGGCAGGAAAUUAUCUUAGCCACAUAAAAACUCCAAAUCUAGGGUAAAAAAUAAACCAACCCUAUUUUUGUUCCCAAGGGCCGGGCCCUCAGGGCGACACUCAGGAACCAAACAGCCCAUUCUUGCAGAGGACUGUGCUAACCUAAGUAACUUCUAUCCUUAACUAUUCUUCCAGCCUUUCCAAGCCUGUGUGUGUGUGUGUGUGUGUGUGUGGUUCUCACCAUCCUUAAAUUUGAAGAGCACAGCCAGAGACAGGACAGCCUCAACCCACAUGAUAGUGUUUCCAACCAAGCCAUGAUGCCUUCCCACCCACCCCCGAGGCUCUUAGGACAGAAGGAAAUGAAUGGUGUAGGAAAAAACUUUAGGUAAGAAAGGUUUUUUUCUCCUUUUCUACAAAGAAAAAAAUGCACAGUCAUGUUGAAACAGUUCAAGUUUAAUUUGUUGAUAUAUGGUCUGUACUUAGACAAAC